AUGGCGGAUACUGGUGGCAAGUCAAUUCCCCGUCGAUUAUUUGUAUACGACCGUACAACAAGUACGAAAUUCCUCGUCGAUACCAGCGCGGAUAUUUCGGUUACCCCACCUUCGCGCCAAGACCAAACAACACCAACACAGUUUCGACUUCAAGCUGCAAACGGCAGCAAAAUAGAAACGUAUGGUGAGAAGGUCAUCGUGCUCAACAUCGGCUUACAGCGACCGAUCCGUUGGAUUUUCCGCAUCGCUAAGCUGCCUUAUCCGAUCAUUGGUGCAGAUCUCAUUCACGCUCUCGGGCUAAUAGUGGACAUCAAGCGCGGUCAUUUAAUAGACCCCAACUCAGACUCGCACAGCAUAGAAUCGUACGCUACGGCUCCGGUCACAACCAUCACAGCACUUACUCAAACCAACAAAUUUACAGCUAUCCUCAAGGCAUUUCCGGAAUUGCUGGGUAAUCCUUCCAACCUCACGGCAUCCAAGCAUUCCGUCAAACACUUUAUACCAACCACUGGGCCACCGUGCGUACAACGCGUCCGCCAGUUAUGCCCGGAGCGUCUCAAAGUAGCCAAGAGGGAAUUUGAACUAAUGGUCGAGUUGGAAAAUGCCAGACCGUGA